GCAAAGUAUCCAUUUUAUUGUACCGAGUACAAUGAAGAAAUAUUUAAUAAGCAUUUGACAAGUUGCCAGGGCGUGAUCACAGAAAAACUCAGAAUCAUAUUCUUAAAGGUCGAGGAUGCUGUGAAAAAUGUGAUAGUAUACACAGUCCCUCAGACCCAUGUUCUUAUGAAUAGUGAUGUAGUAAGCUCUAAUAUAGAUAGAGAUAGUU